GUUUUACUCGGUUGACUAUAAAAUCUGGAAUACUUUUAAAGUGAAAUAAUUCGGACCGAAUCACCAUCAAGAUGAGAACUGCUGCCUGUGCCCUUCUACUGCUGGUGUGUUUCUAUGAGGUGUCUGCCGACUGGUGCAGUUACACAUGUCAAAAGAAACAGAGAUAUAGUGUAAGAUGUGGCUGGUAUGGCUGGAGUAGAUGUACCAGAUAUAGAUCUGUUUCCGGAACCUGUACCGAAUAUUGCAAACAUGGAGGUUGGACAGAAUACAAGGAAACCGGAACUAGAAGCUUAUGUGGUGCUACCUGCGGAACCGGAUCCCAGAUCCGUACUCUAACACGAACCUGCACCAAUCCAUCUCCUUACAAACGUGGUAAUACAUGCGAUGGUCCAUCGAGAAAAACAGAAAUUGUUGAUUGUAAUCUUCGACCAUGCCCAAUUAAUGGUGGAUGGUCCGAUUAUUCAGAAUGGGAAGAAUAUGACGAAUGUAGCGCCAUGUGCGGUACUGGUAAAAUGGACCAAUGGAGAUCCAGAACAUGCACCAACCCAUCCCCUGCUUACGGUGGUGCCAGUUGCAGUGGAGCCAGUCUGCAAAAUAGAACAAUUGAUUGCAAUACCGAGGAAUGCGGAGAUCGAUGCCCACCGAACGUUGUUAAAUAUUUCGACCAUCCCGAGAACGAGAAAAGAUAUUACCAAUGUGAUAAUGAAGUGGCCAAGAGACACGACUGUUCACCAACUACCAUGUGGGAUCAAGAAAAACACACUUGUGUUCAUAUCGAUGAAAGUAUCCCAGCUGCUCCAGCACCUGAAACCGAAGAUAUCUGUAAUGGCAAAGUCCUUGUCGCUGAUUCCACUGACUGCACCAAAUUCUACAUGUGUGCUUUUGGCAAACGAACCGGAAAUGCUCUCUCAUGUGCCCCAGGCCUCGCUUUCAAUCCAGAAAUAAGCACAUGUGAUCAUGCUGCUAAUGUACCCAAUUGUUAGACGAACUACAUUCAGAGCUCAAGAAAAUGGUUAUUAAUAUGAAUUCAAAUAUGGUUUUAAACUGUGAUUUUCAUUAUUUUACUUUCACUUUGUUAACUUUUUUUUACGAGGCUGAAACGCAGAUCAA